GACGGGAGACUCGGGGAGAUGGAGACCGAGGGCAGGGCGAGGGGAGGAAGCGCCAGGCCUCCCGAGUGCUCGCGGGGAGACGGAGAGGGGCGUCACGGGGGCGCACGGAGACGCGGGGAGCCCGGGAGCGAGGAACUGGAGUUAGCCUGAGCCGUGGAGGGAGAGAAACUUGAGCGCGCCGGAGGGGUAGAGGUACGCGGGGAGAGUGUCCUCGGCCUGGGGAGGCUGCGUGGAGGUGGACUCGGAGACCGAGGCCGUGUACGGCAUGACCUUCAAGAUCCUGUGCAUCUCCUGCAAGCGGCGCAGCGAGACCACCGCCGAGACCUUCACCGAGUGGACCUUCCGCCAGAAGGGCACUGAGGAGUUCGUCAAGAUCCUGCGCUAUGAGAACGAGGUGCUACAGCUGGAGGAGGACGAACGCUUCGAGGGCCGUGUGGUGUGGAAUGGCAGCCGGGGCACCAGGGACCUGCAGGACCUGUCCAUCUUCAUCACCAACGUCACCUACAACCACUCGGGCGACUACGAGUGUCACGUCUACCGCCUGCUCUUCUUCGAGAACUAUGAGCACAACACCAGCGUCGUCAAAAAGAUCCACCUGGAGGUGGUAGACAAAGCCAACAGAGACAUGGCGUCCAUCGUGUCCGAGAUCAUGAUGUACGUGCUCAUCGUGCUGUUGACCAUCUGGCUCGUGGCGGAGAUGGUCUACUGCUACAAGAAGAUCGCGGCGGCCACGGAGGCUGCUGCGCAAGAGAACGCCUCGGAAUACCUGGCCAUCACCUCAGAGAGCAAGGAGAACUGCACGGGCGUCCAGGUGGCCGAAUAGCCCCGGCCCUGGGCUCCGCCUCUAGGAAGAGCCAGCCCUACUGGGGAACAUCGGGGCACAGCCUGCCCCCAAGGGGGCUUGGCCAUCCCUGGGCCUCCACAAGCCUCAGAGUCCUGCCAACGGAGCCGCGGGGUGGGGGGGCGGGGGGCUCGGCUCACACUCCUAACCAGCCCUCCUCCUCCUGCCCCCUUGCCCACCCUCCGCCAUGCAUGAUGGGCAAAGCAAUACUGCAGCUGCCCCCACCCUGCUUCUGCUGCCUGUUCGGAGGGGGGACGGUGAGGUGGGGGCAGCGGCUCCGCACCCCUCCUUCUUGCUGAUUUGCACACAUUGGCCGCUUCAGACACGCACCACUGGGGCCCAGGCCCUCCCUGCCCCCCCCCUGCCCAGCAGGGUGGUGACGGCAGGAACAGCGGGGCAGGGGGUCCUGGGACCCACCCCGACCCCUAGCGACAUGUCCUCUCCUGCUUCCUCUGGCUGGACCUGGGGUCCCCUCUCCCUGCGAUGCACUCUCGCCCCAGCCCGCCCUCUCUCACCAGCCUUGGAUUGUGGCCACUAGAAAGGGCCCGUUCAGCCUCCUCUCUCUUUACACAAGUAGUUUUGUUCAUGAAAUAAAGGUUCUUGGACUUGA